CACCACAGUUACUGUUUUUAAACACAUUGCGCCCGUCAUGGAGGACACAUCAAAUCAACCGACAACAUCGAGUGCCCCGCUCCGGCAACCCAAGAAGAGAUUCGUCGGACGGCGCACCGCCGACGCCCAAGCACAGAAGGAAGGGUCCAGCGACCACCAGGAUGUCGAGUCGACGAGCAUACAGAAGGCGGCCCCAAGACGCACCCCGCGAACCCUGAACCAAGUCCCGGCGGAGAUCCUCGAAGACCCCGACAUCCAGGCGGCGAUCGCCCUGCUCCCCAAGAACUACUCCUUCGAGAUCCCGAAGACCAUCCACCGGAUCCGCACCUCUGGCGCCAAGCGCGUGGCCCUGCAAUUCCCGGAGGGCCUCCUCAUCUUCGCGACCACGAUCUCGGACAUCCUGACCCAAUUCUGCACCGGGAUCGAGACCCUGAUCAUGGGCGACGUGACGUACGGAGCAUGCUGCAUCGACGACUACACGGCGCGAGCGCUGGGCUGCGACCUGCUCGUGCACUACGCGCACAGCUGCCUGAUCCCCGUGGACGUGACGCAGAUCAAGACCCUGUACAUCUUCGUGGACAUCAGCAUCGACACGACGCACCUGGUCGCGACGCUCGAGCGCAACUUCCAGCCGGGCAAAACCGUCGCCAUGGUCGGCACGAUCCAGUUCAACGCGACGCUGCACGGCCUGAAGCCCGUGCUGGAGCGCGCGGGGUUCCGCGUCCUCAUCCCGCAGAUCACGCCGCUCUCCAAGGGCGAGAUCCUGGGCUGCACGUCGCCGACCCUCGCCGCCGCCGAGGUCGACUACCUCCUCUACCUCGGCGACGGCCGCUUCCACCUCGAGUCCGCCAUGAUCCACAACCCGGCCAUCCCCGCCUACCGCUACGACCCCUACGCCCGCGUGCUCUCGCGCGAGAGCUACGAGCACGAGGAGAUGCACACCCUGCGCCGCGACGCGAUCCAGACCGCCCGAUCGGCCAAGAAGUGGGGCAUCAUUCUGGGCGCCCUGGGCCGCCAGGGGAAUCCCCACACCAUGGCGAUGAUUGAGAGUCAUCUCCGCGCCAGAAACAUUCCCUUUGUCAAUCUGCUGCUGAGUGAGAUCUUUCCCGGGAAGUUGGGCGCCAUGGCCGAUGUCGAGUGCUGGGUGCAGAUCGCUUGCCCCCGGUUGAGUAUCGACUGGGGGUAUGCGUUCCCGCGGCCGCUGCUGACGCCCUACGAGGCCUUGAUUGCGCUGGGGAUCAGGGAGAGCUGGGACACCGCCAAUGGCGGCGUGUAUCCCAUGGAUUUCUACGCUAAGGAGGGCCUGGGCAGGACGAAGCCGAGCCAGGCGAUAAUCCCCGCUGGGUCGGCUUGAUUUUUGUGCGGUAUCUUCCCAGAUGCCAACACCUAUCCAUAACUCAUGAUGUAUAUGAAUAUUUUCUUGUUGUUCUUUUCUGCAUAUGUUUCCCACGGGUAUAUAGGGGGGUCCAACAAACCCUAAAAAGCUUUAUGAUUAUAGAAUUAGAAGAAG